AGAAUUCAUAGAAAAGUGUAUCUUUUGCUUAACUGUUAACGAUUUCAUCCAGAGGUUAUUUUAUCACUUAUCACUUCUGGAAGUAAUCAGUAUUAUCUAAUCCGUUUGAUGGUCAUCAGUGUUGUCAGUUUGCUCUUUCAGAAGAUGGCAACGGGUAUAUUGUUUGAUGAUAUGUUCCUUGUGAAGGAUGUUGACCCAGAAGGGAAGAAAUUUGACCGUGUUUCACGUUUAUUUUGCGACAGUGAAUCUUUUAAAAUGGAGCUAAUCCUCGAUGUAAACACACAGCUAUACCCAAUGAAUCUGAACGAUAAAUUCCGACUAUUGCUGGCAACAACUCUACGUGAUGAUGGUCUACCUGAUGAGCGAGAGUUUGAUAAUCAGACACAUUAUCCACGACUAGAUCCAUUCGAAUAUGUAAUGUUUGGGAAAGUAUAUCGAAUUGAGGGAGAGGAAUCAAAUUCCGAAACAAAUACCUUAGCAGCAUAUGCUUCAUUUGGUGGUCUUCUGAUGCGGUUGAAAGGUGAUGCGAAUAAUUUGCAUGGUUUCGAACUUGAUUCUAGCAUUUAUUUAUUAAUGAAGAAAGUUGUGUUUUAGUUUGUAUGUACGAGUUUUCUUCUUUUUUUUACGAUUUUGGAUUUAUAAUGAGAG